AUGGUGGUGGCGGUCCACAACGUGCUGACGGACAUGGAGGUGCUGGCAAGGGCAACUGGGUACACGCUGUCGUUGGAACAGCAGGCGGCGCUGGGAUCGUCGCUGGCGUUGCUGCAGACUAAUCUCAAGUUUGCCUCGGUUCGGUUUGUGGGCAAAGUGCUCGGCGUGUCGGGCGACUACUUUGUGGCGCUGGGAACGGCGGCAAACGUGCUUGAUGGUGAGGCGAAGCGGGCGUUCAUCUCGACCGACUGUGCGUCGUGGGUGCAGCUGCCCAAGCUCGAGCCGGAGGAGCUGCCGUACAUUGCUGCGGCACGUGGGCGGUUCUCGGGCGAGCCGUCUUGGGAGUUUGUGGUUCCGGUGCCGGCGGGGGCAACGCCGCCAGCGACGCUCAAGGGCGCGCGGUCGAUGGAGGACGGCGGCGGGGCUGGUGAUGCGUCCGAGUACGGCGACGAGUCGUCGGCAUACGGCGACGAUGAGGCGUCGGAAGGCGGCGAGGGCGGAAGCAAGGUCCGACGGCACAAGUUUGUGCGAGUGUCGGAGGAGAAGCGGCUGGCGUACCUGGUGGAGACGCUCGAGUUUGACGUGGCGGUCGUUCCGCGCGGCGCGUACCUCAAGACGGCGACCGAGGUGGUGACGGCGAACCCGACGUUUGCCGGGCUUCCGGUCCCGAUCUCGACCUCGCUCGCCAUGUACUGCCACUUCCGGCCGGCCGUCCGCCUCCUCACCAAGUCGCUCCUCGAGCGCGAGGCCGACGAUGCACACCUCGACUUUAUGGACACGCUCGACGAGGACGUGCCGGCCGGGGCGUGGUCGGUCAACUACGACGUCGCCACGCAGACCGUCACCCUCCGCUCGCUUCUCUGGCCGGGCGCCGUCGCCUUCCACGUCGCCGGCACCCGCAAGUUUGGGUACGCCUACUUUGGCACCGGCGAGAAGAACUGGAACCUGCCGUUCAUGCUGCCGACCAAGGCGGCGAUCGACGCCGCUGCCGCCGCCGCCGCCGAGGCUGCUGCUGCUGCCGCCGCUGCGGCUACGGGCGCCGGCGAGGUUCCCGAAGGCGAGGCUGCUCCCGGUGGGGAAGACGAUGAUGGAGUCGAUGCCUACGAGUACGACGACUAUUAG